AGUUUAAGGGUUCAGAACAAUUAAGCUAAGAUGUUAAUUCGUCCCAUUAAUCCUCUGAAAAGACCAGUGCAAUUAAGGUGACUCAAAACCCUUUCAUCUCUUUCUUUAAAGAGCAAUUACUCACACUUUUCAGCUAUGAGCUGUGGAUGGGGUGGCGAUGGCGAAGUAGUAUAAAUAUCCCGUCUGAUGUGGAGUCAAACAGCACGAGCAACGAGCUGGUCAAAGCAGGAGUGUUCACUUCAGUACAAGCUUUCGGUUCAGCUUCUCUCGAACGGACAAGGACUAAACCAUCAUGCCUUUCGUAUACAACCCAUACAGAAACCUCUGCAACGUUGGCCGUUUCCCAGUACUGCUGGAGGAUGGCUGCAAGAAAUCAACCUGCUGCAAACCAGCUUACACCAACCCCUGUGUUAACCCAUGCGCUAGCUCUUAUGGUUACUCAUAUGCUAACCCUUGGGUUAACUCAUGGGUAAGCCCGUAUGCUACUCCUUACUCUUCUCCAUAUGUAACUACAUAUGGUACUCCAUAUGCUAGUGUGUACGGUACUCCAUAUGCUAGUGCAUACGGUACUCCAUACUUUAGCGCAUAUGGUUUUCCAUAUGCUAGUGCAUAUGGUACUCCUUGCGCUACUCCAUGUGCUACUCCUGCUCCAUGUGUUACUACUUGCGCUACUCCAUGCGCUAAUCCUUGCGGCAUUGUCGCUACAACCAGUGAUUAUGAGAGAAGGGAAGUCGUCGUCAAGGAAUAUCAGGAUGAUUGCACGCAAGUCUGUGGAGUCGAGAGCUCUGUCCUUCGGGUGUCUAAAGUCGACCUGCUCAAAUGCAGGACUGGACCAAAUCGUCUGGAGCAUCACACACACUUUUUCCAAGAAGAUCAUCUCAUUGUCCGCAGAGGACAGUGCUUCAACAUGUGGGUUGAUCUGUGCCGUCCUUUCAAUCGCAGUUGUGACAAGCUUCACCUGGAGCUUAAACUAGGUCACGUCCCAUCCAUCAGAGAUGGCACUUUGGUGGUCGUUCCAAUUGUGGAAGAAUUCAAGAAAGACUGCUGGGGGGCAAAGAUUGUGGAAAUAGCACAAAACCGAAUCAAACUGUGUGUGAACUCUGUUCCAACUGCUUGCGUUGGACGAUACCAGUUCAGUGUUGUGACACACUGUGCAGGAGGCAGAUUCGCUUUACCUUAUGUUCCUGAAAAUGACAUUUACAUGCUGUUCAACCCCUGGUGUAAAGAUGACUGUGUGUACCUGAGUGAAGAGGCAGAGAGAGCUGAGUAUGUGCUGAAUAACAUAGGCAAGAUCUACUAUGGAACUAAGCAGCAGAUUGCCUGCAGAAAUUGGAACUUUGGUCUAUGUGAGGAGGGAGUCUUGCCUGCAUGUAUGUUUGUGUUGGAGAAGAGCUGUACCCCUUGCUCAGGAUGGGGAAACCCAGUUGUCCUUUCCAGAGUGGUGUCUGACAUGGUUAUUGCCAAAAAAGACUGUGGUGUGCUGGUGGGUAACUGGUCAAACUGCUACGGAGAUGGAAUUGCUCCUGCAUCCUGGUGCAGCAGCAGUGCCAUCCUGAAACAAUACCACAGAUUUGGAGGAGUACCUGUCAGAUAUGGCCAGAGCUUGGCCUUUGCUGGAGUCACCAACACAUUGUUGAGGUGUUUGGGUAUUCCUGUUCGUCCAGUCUCAAACUUCUGCUCUGCUCAUGACACUGAUGUUAGUUUGACAACUGACGUCUACUUGGAUGAGAAAUUUCAGCUGAUCGAUCACAUGAACCGCGAUUCAAUCUGGAACUACCACGUGUGGAAUGAGGCCUGGAUGACUCGCCCAGACCUGCCCACUGGUUUUGGUGGCUGGCAAGUGAUUGAUUCCACUCCUCAACUGACCAGCCAGGGCUUCUUCCGCUGUGGCCCCACCUCUGUUGCUGCGAUCCGCAGUGGUCAGGUCUUCCUGAAGCACGAUGUGCCCUUCCUCUUUGCCGAAGUGAACAAUGAUAGAGUUUACUGGCAGAGGAAAUGUGAUGGAACAUUUGGUGUUGUCCACGUUGAGAAGAAUGUAGGAGGUCACUGCAUCAGCACCAAGGCUGUCGGCUCAGAUCAGCGUAUAGACAUCACAAACCUCUACAAAUUCCCAUGUGGUUCUUCUGAGAUGAGCGCUGCUUAUGAAACAGCCGUUCGUCAUGGCUUGAGGAGAUGCACAUACCCACUGCCCUGUGCUGAGGAUGUUGUCUGUGAAGUCAGCCUGAAAGGGGACGGACCAUGUAUCGGCAGGGAUGCCGUGCUGUGCAUCAAUCUAAGAAACAAAUGCAGCUCACCUCGUACUGUCACCCUCUACAGCCAUGCUGCAGCCACGUACUACACCGGAGUCAGGAAGACCUUCCUCAAGAGAGACCAUACAUGCAUUGAGCUCAAGCCCUCUGAAUGCAGACCUCUGGACUGGACCCUGAGUUAUGACGAAUAUAGAGAGCACGUGGUGGAUCACGCCUCAGUGAUGCUCAACCUCUUUGGACAUGUGACUCAGACUAAGCAGGUUGUGGCCACCCAGUUUGGCUUCAGACUGCGCACACCAGACCUUGUUCUUGCUCCUGCCUGUGAUGCUGUUGUUGGUCAAGAAGUGCCAGUCAAAAUCACUUUCCAGAAUCCACUGCCUUGUGUCCUGAGGAACUCUGUAUUCCGCUUUACGGGAUUUGGACUGCAGAAUGCCAGAGUUAUCAACUAUGGUGACAUUGCUGGACACGCCUCUGUUUGCCUGACGGAGAAGUUUAUUCCCAGGUGUCACGGCCCACAGAAACUUCUGGCCUCAUUCGAUUGUCCUCAGCUCACCCAGGUGCAUGGAUUCGCCGACUUUGUUGUCAAACAGCGCUGUUAAACCGAUCAAGUAACCGAAACAGGAAACGUCACGGCUCUAUUGAACAGAAAGUGCUCACAUUGAAUUGACUUGCAGAAUUAGGUAACAGCUGUUAGUUUCUCUUAACCUACAAGCUGUAAACCUUAAACUUCUUAGAGUGCAUUUAAUCAUCAUGUAGAUCAAUUGCACUCAUGCUUUAUGCAAGACACUAUUGUCUUUUCAUCUUAUUGAUUUUUCAGUAGUCUUUUGGUACAAAUGUCAUCCUAAAUAAUAAUUAACCUUUUUUUAUUUUAUUUUUUUUUCUCUUAUUUGAAAACUCAUGUAAUUGUUUCAUGGUGUUGGUUACUCUGUCCUGUGUAGCUUCAGCUUCAA